AUGCCAUCCGCAGUCCGUCGCAAACCCCCUCCAGUCUAUAACGCCACCAUCGACGAUGACCACUCCAGUUCUCUCCCUACUCGCCAUUCGUUUGCGCUACCUGUCUCCUUGCCACUCUCCACUCCACCGCCAAUAACGCCAGACAGCGACAUCCACUCACACUAUUCUCGUCGUCGAACACAGUCCUCUGCCUCGCCGUCGUUACCCACAUCGAGCAGCACGCGAACUCGCCUCGCCCGUCUUUUACACUCUGCUCCAUCUCCCUCUCCACGAAAACCUACCAUCUCAGGCCCCACCCCAGUCAAUUUUCCACCAGACUUGCUGCCCGUGGAACUGGCUCGUUACAAGGCUGCGACACGUCCAAUGGUGUUGGUCGACCUUCCCAUUAUCCCAACUCCCGCCUCGCCAGUAUCGACCCAGUUUUCGUACUCAACAAACUCACAGUCCUCCGGCGAGACCGAUCUGACCACCCCUCCGACAUCUCCAGGAGAAGACGCCCCUUCUUUCACGACUCUUUUCUUGCGUAAACAGUUUAUGGGCCGCUCGAGGUCGGUCGAUGGUCACUCAGUUUCGCUUUCUGGAGCCCGUUCUUCCGGGAAACUCUCGGCAUCGCCAUCUGAAUAUACUUCAGCCUCGCUCGACGGACAUUCGAGCCCACGAAAACCCCCUUCUGUCCUCAGAAAAUCGCCCUCGAGUAACCGUUCUUUGAAUUCGAAGCGCUCUGGCCCGCUUCUUCCUCUUACUCCACCAACACAAAAUGCUAUUGAGCGCGCAGUCCGUCUGCCUCUCGUGUCUCCCAAUGGAGUCCGUGUGCAAUUCGGUCAACUCCUUGGGAUGUCUCGCGAAUCUCUUGACCUGGGUGUUGUUGGAGUGGGACCCAGGCCGGGCACAGAGCUUCGUCGCACUGUCGUCAUCUUCUUGCGACAUUUUUGGUGCCCUCUUUGUCAGGACUAUAUGGUUGCACUCGCUGGGGGUGUCCGUGCUGCAACCUGUAAUAAAUACUCGGCAAAUUGUCCUGCAGAAAACCUUCUCGAAAGGCUAAUCGAGUCCACAAAACAAGUCGGAGACAACGAAACUCAUCUCCUCGUCAUUGCUCCAGGCUCCCAUACGCUUGCUGGGAAAUACCUUGACUCAUUCCAGUUUUCUGGGUCGUGUGGUAUUGCUAGUGUGCGUAUAUUUGUGGAUCCGAUGCCUGCCGAAGGCGUUUAUGCUGCGUUGGGAAUGGGUUGGGAUGGGGCACCUCCUUUGGCAGCAUCAUUGGACAGCUCUUCUUCUUCGACAUGCUGCGGCCACGACACACUUGAGAACAGCGUUGGCCAUGGUGAUUCCAUUGAUCCAGAGGCUGCGCCAGAAACAUACAUCACUCAUGGGUCGUUUUCUGGCAUUGGGUCGGUUCUGAUGCGCGCCAUUCGCUCUGGUCUGCCGGUUUGGGCGAAGGGUGGCGAUAUUAGGCUGCUUGGAGGAGAAUUCGUGUUCGAGCUGAGUGCGAAUGGGAGUAUUCGCUGUGUAUACGCACAUCGGAUGCAGCAUCCCCGUGGGCAUGCUUCAGUCGAACGUGUCCUUGCUGCCGCUGGAGUUCAUGUUCCGUCUCCUGAGCCCGCGAAGAAAAGCCCUUUAUCGAUGAUGUCUCGUUCGGCUUCAACGACAGUCAUCCCACAAUCAACUUCAGCCUCGACUAUUACUGCACCGAUCAUACCACGUUCUGCGUCGGUCGCUGGAGCGUUUCCCAGUCGGAUACCGACGUCGCAGUCUUCUCUUGUCGCGUCAGAAUCAACCCAGUCUGCAUUUUGGCGGGCAGGCUCUGGAAACGGAUUCUUCCAUCGCUUUGCGGGACCGCGAGGAGGAAGACUGCCGGCAUCAAAACUCUCCCAGUCCGACUCUAAACCCGUUUUUCCGCCAGCUCAACGACCAGCGAUUCCCAUAUCUGCUUCGACACCAGUUAAUAUGGGCUACUUGGGCCGUCAUGGGGGAACUUCGAUAACUGAACGCCAGGUGUGGGUCUUCGGCUGGGCGCUCGACAAUAUCGUCAUUCUGCGCUGGUGCUGGCGAUUCGUCCGAGUCAUUCGUCUCGUCUGUCUUGUCUGGUUCGGUGGCGAGUCAGUCUCGCUAUACGAGUUCGUCUGGGCAUACGUCGCUGGCUGA